GUGGGGGCGACAGCCAAUGGAAGGGCGCGGUAUUGAGGCUGCCGGGAGUGAAGCCGGCGGGAUGGCCUGCGGCUUUAAGAAGCCGUCGCUGGCGGCCGCGGCGCAGAGGAAGAAGGCGAAUCCCAAGCUGGAGCUGCCGGAGGAGCAGCAGCGGGAGAUCCGCGACGCCUUCGAGCUCUUCGACACCGACGGCAGCGGCAGCAUCGAUGUCAAGGAGCUGAAGGUGGCCAUGAGGGCCCUGGGGUUUGAACCUAAGAAAGAAGAGAUCAAGAAAAUGAUCUCAGACAUCGAUAAGGAAGGGACAGGAAAAAUCAGCUUCAGUGACUUCCUGGCAGUGAUGUCACAGAGAAUGGCUGAAAAAGAUUCCAAAGAGGAGAUUCUCAAAGCUUUCAAACUCUUUGAUGAUGAUGAGACUGGAAAAAUCUCUUUCCAAAACCUCAAACGUGUGGCCAAAGUGCUGGGGGAGAACCUCACUGAUGAAGAGCUGCAGGAGAUGAUUGAUGAGGCAGAUCGGGAUGGGGACGGGCAAGUGAGCGAGCAGGAAUUCCUGAGGAUCAUGAAGAAGACUGGCUUGUACUGAACCCAGUGGGAUUUGUGUACAUUCCUUAGGGAAUGGGAGCCUCAUUUUGUGGUGUCUUGAUUUCUUUGGAGGCAGCAGAAAAUACAGGAGUUUUCCAGGACUAUACAACAGGAAAACCUUCUGUUCAAAUGAGUUAAACAUCUGAGGUAAGGCCAAAAUGAGACCUGAAGUUCCACUUUGGAUGUUCCAGUACCUAAUUCUGCCCAUUCCAGUGCUCAUGUUAAUAGGAGCCUGGGAAGAUUUGGGUGAAAAGGGACCCCAAAGCCCUGCCAGUGCCACUCCUGCCAUGCCCAGGACACCUCCCACUGUCCCAGGCUGCUCCAAGCCCUGUCCAGCCUGGCCUUGGACACUGCUAGGGAUGGAGCAGCCACAGCUUCCCUGAGCAACAAUUAGAUUUAGGUUUGGGGGGAGUUUUUUCCACCAGCUUCCUCGAAGUUAGUGAAAAAACUCCUUUCUAGCAAAAGCCAUCAACAUUCCUUGCCUGCCCUUGGGAGAAUCCAGUCACAGCUUCCCUGUAGGACUGAAAACAGUUUCACUCCCUCCUUCUCUUCCCACCCCAAGCCUUGGGUAACCAUCCUAUUCCUGCCUUGGACCUGCUUAGCUUGGAGUCAGCAAAGGCUUUUCCUACCCUGGGUCUGUGAGGUAUCAGGGAGGUAAAUAAUUAAUUUCAAACAAAGUGUCUUAUUCAAAGCCAUCAGAGUUGUGGAAACAAGUCACAAAAAUGCAAACAGAUCAGGUGUUACAUCAUUCCUUCUGCUGUGCUGAGAAAUGAUAAAAUCAGUCUUCCAGAGUUUCUACUUUUCCCUGUUCUGUCCUCAAAAGGGCUGGAAGUGCAGCAGAGCUGAGUUCUCAGCAAUAGCAUUCAGCUCCUUGUGAGCUUCCACCACCUAACCGGAAUCCCUGGUGACUUUGGGGGACCCUGGUGUGAGUGUUGAAGCCCCAAAACAGAUAGCCUUCAAGAAAUAAUGAGUUAAAACAUAGAAUGUGAGGCAUUUGAAGAAAGCAUAGCAUUAGGAAACACAUAAAGCAAUAAAUCAGCUAAAGUAUGAAACACAAUGACAGGAAAGAGAGAUAGGAAUAGGGGAACUGAUGGGCUAAGCAUGUUCAGAGCCAACAAUGUCAAACUGACCCUAAGAACUUUGCCAAG